AAGAGAUUCAUCACGAACGAACGGACCAAACAAUCAAAUCCUCUCCAGUAUUUUUUACCUUGAUACUUUCAAAUCCACUUCCCUCUCUCUUUCUCUCUCUUCACUCUGCAACACUCUCUCACCCUCUCCGCUCAGCGAAAAAACCCUAAUUCCCAAACCUCACAUUGGCGCUUUGCCAAAAACGCCAUGACAUCUGUCCCGCCGCCAGUCCCUGGCCAAGAGCUCCUGAACCCACCCUCCGACGGAAUCUCCAACCUCCGCUUCUCCAACCUCAGCGAUCACCUGCUCGUCUCCUCCUGGGACAAGAGCGUGCGUCUCUACGAUGCGAGCGCUAAUGUGCUGCGAGGUGAGUUCAUGCAUGGUGGUCCAGUGCUCGAUUGUUGCUUCCAUGAUGAUUCUUCGGGGUUCAGUGCCAGUGCAGAUCAUACAGUCAGGAGGCUUGUUUUCAACUAUAAUAAAGAGGAUAUUUUGGGACGCCAUGACGCACCUGUACGUUGUGUUGAGUACUCUUAUGCAGCAGGGCAGUUAAUUACUGGUAGUUGGGACAAAACACUCAAGUGUUGGGACCCCAGAGGUGCAAGUGGACAGGAACGUACUCUUGUUGGAACGUACCCUCAACCUGAGCGUGUAUACUCUCUUUCGCUUGUCGGAAAUCGUCUGGUAGUAGCAACUGCAGGAAGACAUGUCAACGUUUAUGACUUGAGAAAUAUGUCCCAACCUGAGCAGCGAAGGGAAUCCUCUUUAAAAUAUCAAACAAGAUGUGUUCGAUGUUAUCCCAAUGGAACAGGAUAUGCUCUUAGUUCGGUUGAAGGACGGGUUGCAAUGGAGUUUUUUGAUCUUUCAGAGGCUAGUCAAGCGAAAAAAUACGCAUUUAAGUGUCAUAGGAAAUCAGAAGCUGGAAGGGACCUUGUCUAUCCUGUAAAUGCUAUUGCAUUCCACCCCAUCUAUGGUACAUUUGCAACUGGAGGUUGUGAUGGUUUUGUUAAUGUAUGGGAUGGGAAUAACAAGAAGAGGCUAUAUCAGUACUCAAAAUACCCAACAAGCAUCGCAGCACUUUCUUUCAGCAAAGAUGGGCGGCUGUUGGCCGUUGCUUCAAGUUACACGUAUGAAGAAGGAGAAAAACCUCAUGAACCAGAUGCCAUUUUUGUUCGUAGUGUAAAUGAAAUAGAGGUGAAGCCAAAGCCAAAAGUGUUACCCUCCUAAUCUUCCCAUAAAACUGGAAUUGUAGAUUUUUGAAUUUUUUGUUGGACAUAUUGUUUUAUAUGACAUUGCAAUGCUUCAAAUCUCUGUAAUGAAGUGUGUGCGAUUUGAUAUGUACCGGUAAAUUUCAGUCAAAAUGCCGAGACAUGCGAAUGAUCUCCAUUUUUUACUUUUCUUAGUUUUUAA